GGCGGCCUCCCGGGCUCGGCGGGCCCCGCGCUCUGCUGUCACCCCCGGGCACGGCUUUUCCCCGGCCCCGAGGCCGGCUUCUGCGGUCGCCAUGACGGCGACCAUGUUCUUCGGCUGCGCUUUCAUUGCCUUCGGGCCUGCGCUCGCCCUCUACGUCUUCACCAUCGCCACCGAGCCGUUGCGCGUCAUCUUCCUCAUCAUCGGAGCAUUCUUCUGGUUGGUGUCUAUCCUGGUUUCCUCCUUUCUUUGGUUCAUAGUAGGACUCAUUACUGGCUACAGAGAUGAACCGGCACCAAAAUAUCUGCUAAUCUUUGGGAUGUUCAUCUCAGUCUGUAUCCAAGAAUUGUUCCGGUUUGCCUAUUAUAAACUUUUAAAGAAAGCCAAUGAGGGUCUGAAGAAUUUAAACACGGAAGAGUCCGCACCUUCCAUGAGGUUGCUGGCCUAUGUUUCUGGCUUGGGCUUUGGAAUCAUGAGUGGAGUAUUUGCCUUUGUAAAUACCCUGUCUAAUGCCCUGGGACCAGGCAUCGUGGGUAUACAUGGAGAUUCUCCCCAUUUCUUCAUAAAUGCAGCUUUCAUGACGCUGGUUAUCAUACUGCUGAACAUGUUCUGGGGGAUUGUGUUUUUUGAUGGCUGUGAAAAGAAGCAGUGGUAUAUCAUUGUCAUCAUUCUCCUGACCCAUAUACUGGUGUCCAUGCUGACCCUCCUAAGUCCUCAUUAUGAAAUCAGUCUGGUGUCAUCAUAUAUCAUCAUGGUGAUCAUGGGCAUCUGGGCGUUCUUUGUUUCUGGAGGCAGCUGCCGAAGCCUGAAACUCUGCUUGCUCUGCCAAGACAGGGACUUCCUUCUCUUCAAUCAGCGUUCCAGAUAAUAGGCCCCAAGAACCAGCAUCUCUCAAACAGUAAGCUGUGUCUUUGGAGGAAGCACAAAUGUGCCUUUUCCUAAAAGUCUCUUUUCCAGGUAGAAUUAGAAAAAAACAAAACUUAUCAAGCACCCAAAUGGCUUUCACAUAGCAGCACUGUUAAAGGGAGACUUCUAGGAGGUGCAUCCCUGCUGCCCAUACUAGUCACCUGGGGAAACACAAGGAACUCUGCUGUCAGGCUUCUCUCCAGAGAAAUUGGUCUGGACAUUUUUAACAUUUUAAUUAGAUUAUUAUUAUUAUUUUGACCAUACCUGGUGGUGCUAGGGGAGGUUCCUCUCAGCUUCAUGCUCAGGAGUUGCUCCCGGCGGUGCUCUGGGAAUCCCUUGCUGUUGGGGAUCCCCCAUGCAAAGCCUGCGCUUUGAACUGGACAAUUUUAUUUUUCCUUACACUUCCCAAAAGACACUAUUGUGCAGCCAGGUUGAAAACUAUUGGUUUCCAAAUAGGAAGUUCCUGAGACUAUCCUAAGUAAAUAAGAAUCAGAUGUGUAGUUGUCACUUAAUUCACCUUAUGCUGAGCAAGUCAGUAUCUGCAUGUCAGAUCCUGGUGAGCUUGUGAUUUUUCUUUAAGUUCUGAAGUCACAAAGGAAAAAGGGCUAUCUCACUUGUGAACUGUUUUUAUGGACUGCACUCAGACCCAUUCUUCUGAGAACACGGUAGGCGAUGCUUCUAAAUGCAAUUAUGGCAUUGGCUUACCAUGAAAAUUUAGCCAGAGUCAACUAUUAUGUACUAAGUAGUAUUUUUCUGCAUUUUUUUUGCUUUUUUUUCAGUCUAGGUUUUGCUUUUAGUCUAGAGGCUUCGUUUUUAAGCAUAGAUAUAUUUAACUUUAAAACUCAAUUCUAACUUCCUGGGAAGGUAUUCUAAAACCAAGAAUUUUGUGUACUUCUGUAAACCUUUGCUUUGGUGAAGGUUUUCCGUGGGCUCUGCUCCAGAGCAGUGUUUGUCAGUAAGUGCCACUGUGUAAAGCAUGUUGUUUUCUCUGUCAGGCGCAUGUGCCGGUGGCCGAGAUCUCCCCAGGGAUAGGCUUUGCUUGAGCUGGCAGAAGUUUGACCAGAGCAUAAGGAAACCAAGUCAGUAGUGUGGUACAAACACGCUAAAUUUCCUUUUGAUCUAUCUGCCCAGCAUGUUCCCCCAGUGGUGGAGAAUAAACCUGGAAAUGUG